AUGACCAAGUCAUCCUAUCUUUCCUCCUCCUACACUGUGGGAUGUGCUGCGGCCGGUCUCCCUGACGGACCUCAUGCAUCUACCGAGUACGAGGGUUUCGGCAGCUACAACAGGACGGCAAUGGCGCGUGUGGCGCGGAGUUGGCAAAGACCUGCGACACUCGAAACCACAUACGUCGGCGCCGAUAACUUGCCCGUGGGUGUGACCCACAAUGACUCCAUCCUUCUGGUGAAGAGGCGGACAAAGCGGACAUGGGAUGGGGUCUUUCUUCCAGUGUCGGUCUCUAUUUUUGGUGUGGUGUUGUUCUUUCGUUUGCCGUGGGUCAUUGGUGAGUGUGGGCUUUGGUUGUCUUUUGUGGGCAUUGCGCUUUCCUUUUUUGUCACGCUACUUGUGACCUGCAGCCUGGCGGCCAUUAGCACUAAUGGCUACGUGGGUGACGGGGGGGCGUACAUGAUGAUCUCCCGCUGCCUUGGGCCGCAGCUGGGCGUGACGAUUGGCACGGCGCUGGUGUUGGCCAACACACUGGCCUCCGCCAUGUACCUGGUGGGAGGCGUGAACGCCGUCGCCCCCGCACUGGGCAAUGACACCCUCACCCACUGGCUCACCACAGAGGCGUACAGCGUGACCGUCGUUGGCAGCAGCCUCACUCUGCUUUUCCUCUUAUUGGUGAGUCUGCUGAAGUUGGACAGGUUCUUCCAGCUGGUUUGCUUCGCAUUGGCGCUUGUGGCGAUGCUGAACUUUGUGGUUUCGGCCUUUGUGCGCACCACGCCCCUCCCCGCCGAGGGCUACACAGGCGUUUCGGGCGAGACGCUGCGCGACAACUGGUCGCCGCAAUUCAGCGAUGGCACAGACUUCCAAGAGGCCCUCUUUGUCCUCUUCCCUGGCGUCUGUGGGCUUAUGUGUGGUAUAGCGGGCAGCGGGGAGCUUCGCAAUGGCCCCAAGGCGAUCCCCAAAGGCGUCAUGUACGCCUGGUUUCUUUCCCUCGGGACGUACUUGGUGACCGCCGUUGUGGUGGCCGCCUCCUUUGAGCGGAGCUUCCUCAAAACCGACUACCACAUUCUGGAGCGCGCCUCCUUUUGGCCUGCCUUUAUUCCUGGUGAAUUUACUGCCUCCUUUGCCGCGGUUCUCUCCGGAUUGGUGGGUUCCUCUCGUGUGUUGAACGCCAUCGCUGCGGAUGAUAUUUUGCCACUUUGCUUCUUUCAGUGGCUUGCCCGCUGCCGUCCGCAAGUGAGCGUUCUCCUCUUGUACGCCGCCACGCAGGUCCUUCUCCUUUUUGGGAACAGCUACACCCUUGUUUCGGCCUUUACCACGCAAAUAUUUCUUGCCACAUUCUUGUCCCUUAACGUCAGUGUCUUUCUGUCGUCCGCCGUGGGACUUACAAGUUUUCGACCGACGUUUUCAUUCUUUAACACACUGACGGCUCUUACCGGCGCCUUGGCCUCCCUGACGCUCAUGUUCUUCAUCGACCCCCUCAUGGCCUCUGGGGUCCUGCUGUUUUUGCUUGUGGCGUUGGUACUGGCGGACGUCUACAUUGACCCCGCCCGUGUGUACUGGGGCGACGCCUCACAGCCUCUGCUGUUUCACAUCGUGCGCAAGUUUCUGCUCCGCCUGGAUGAGCGCAGGGCGCACGUGCGGCACUGGCGACCCUCCAUUAUUCACGUCGUGACAGACCCCCUCUGCUCACUGAACCUCAUCCACCUUGCGAACAAUAUGAAGAAAGGGGGCCUGUAUGAAGUUGGGCUCGUCCUUGGCGGGGACUUUCACUCCACCACGAAGUCCGUGUUUCGCUGGAAGGGGUGGCUUAUGGACUUCAUUGAGGCGAGCGGCGUGAAGGCGUUUCCGGUGGUGAUGUCUGCCGCGGACCUCCGUUUCGCCGUGCAAAGUAUGCUGCGGCUCUGUGGAUUGGGCAGCAUGCGACCGAACACGCUGCUCCUUUCCAUGGAUGAGCUGCUGCAGCGGGACCACUUUGACGCCAUCUACGCAGCCUUUAGAAAGACGGCAGUGGACGUGUCGUCACCGCGUGCGUCGGCCGAAGAGCAGAUUCCUGAGGAGGGCGGCGGCGAAGGCCACGGCAGAGAAGGGCAUCCAGCACAACCUCCUCCCGUCUCCCGGCGAAUUCCUUCUCCUGCUGCACAGCAGGCGGCAGCAGCGAACAGCAUGGCCGCAGUGCAGCCAAACAGCCCGCUUGCACUUGCACGACACGGGGUUGCAAGGCGAUGCCCGUUAACCUCCGGCUCAGCCUCGUACCGGCGGCGGCACAUUAUUCGGGAUGACACUGAUGAGGCAUCUUUACGCGCCGUCGGCGUUUCCCCGCCGUUCCCGCACGGCGAACACCAAGCCGAUAACUGGAUUGAAGCGUUAGCCGAGGAACAGAGUGGGCUUUUCUCGCCGCAAGAGGCGAGUUCGUUCUGCUCCUCGUUUGUGCUUCCGCCGGAGGUGCACACACUGCCAGAACUUAGCUUUUGCGGGGUCAGGGAGGCAGCUCGCGGGGAGGAGGAGUCGUUGGAGCCGGAGGAGGACUGGAGUGAGUGGCUGAAGCAGAGCAUGUGUGGGAGCGGUCGUCUGGUGGAGGCGGCAGCGGCGGAUGCCACCUCAGAGGCAAGGCCCCCGCGCGGCCCCAGCUCCGCCGUGGAACACGCCGCGCGGGAGCGUCAGCACGGCGAAGGUGGACGCACGCAGAACACGCCCACCCGCAAGUACCGCACGCCGCGUCCCCUUCGCUGGGGCCUCUUUCGCUCUGGUCGUACCGACGCCGACGAAGACGACGAGCAGCGCCUCGUUGAGCAGAUGAUUCUCCACCGCCAGAAUGCCCAGCUGCUCGGGGGACCGGACCUUGUUGGGUACCGUGACACGACAGAGUUUUGCUGCAUCGUACGUGAUGCGGUGCAUGCCUUUAUGAACGUUGUUAUUGCCCGGAACAUGGAUCUGCUGGACACAGAAGCUAUUGAGGAAAAGGGAAAGGAACGGAAGUGGUUUAUUGAUGUGUGGCUCCCGGACGAGGACGACGUCGCCCUCUUUCUCAUGGCACACUGCCUGCGUCUGACGAGCAUUUGGGAGAGGCACGCGGUGGUGCGUGUGGUCUCCGUGGUGGCCCUGAAAGACGACGUGCCGCAGGAAGUGAAGGAAACUCACGCGCUGUUGAAGGCGCACCGGCUGGUGGCGUCUCCGCGCGUGAUUGCGCUGGAGGAAGUGAUGGGGCACUACGGCGUGAGCGACGUCGCGGUGAUGGCGCGGCGCUUUGCGGACCCGCAGACACGCCCAGGCGUCAUCAACGCCCUCGUGCGCGCGGAGGUGGAGCGGACGCGGCAGCGGGUGGCGCUGCUGAUGACGCGGGUGCCCCCCUUUCCGCCAGAGCGGCAGUGCACACACACGAUGCGCAGCCGCGACGGCAGUGACGAGGACGCCGCCGAUGGCGGGGACGGUGAGCUGCGGCGGCAGGCCGAGGCGUGGUUGGACGCGCUGAGGGAGAUGACGGCGAAGCUGCCGCCCUGCCUGCUGCUUACCGGCGGAAUGCUUCGCUGCCGCAGCACCGAUUGGUGA